GAGAUUUGCCAAAAAAUUGUCAGGCAGUUUGUCGGUGUCUUCCUGUGUUUAUUUCACUGUCGAGGAUUCAACCGGGAAGAUGGUCAAGCUAGGGAAGAGCUCCAAGAGGACGCCUGUCCGUCUGAGGCACAAGAUUGAGAAGGCAGCGGCGGCGAAGCAGAGGAAGGAAAAAAAGCUUGCCAAGAAGAACCCGGAAUGGCGGUCCAAGAUCAAGAAGGAUCCUGGCAUCCCCAAUCUUUUCCCCUUCAAAGAUAAGAUUCUGCAGGAGAUUGAGGAAAAACGUCGGUUGAAGUCGGAGGAGCAGCAGCGCUCGCGCGAGGAAGCUCGCGCGCGGCGAAACGCAGAGAACAGCCAGGCAGGUCAGGAGAACACCAACGCUGCCGAUCUCAUCGAUGACGAGCUUGUCGAUGAUGAGAUGGACGAGGGAGAUGAGGACUCCAACCCCAUGGCUGCGCUGCUUGCUUCUGCCCGCGCCAGAGCGGCGGAGUAUAACGAGGAGCACGACGAAGAUGACGACGAAGAGGGUGAGGAUGACGACGAGAUGGAUGAAGAGGAUGAUGACGAGAUGGAUGAGGAUGAGGAGGGUGGUGCGGCUCUGAACGAAUCGGGCAUCCCGAAACUGGUUUCUCAGUCUGGGUCGAAAGAAAGCUCGCGGCGGCAAUUCGACAAGGUCUUCAAGCGGGUCGUUGAUGCGGCCGACGUGAUCCUGUACGUUCUGGAUGCCCGUGACCCGGAGGGGACGCGGUCCAAGGAGGUGGAGCGCGAGAUCAUGGCGGCGGACAAGGGCUCAAAACGCCUCGUCCUGGUGCUGAACAAGAUCGACCUGGUCCCGCCGCCGGUCCUGAAGGCCUGGCUGAUCCACCUGCGUCGAUAUUUCCCGACGCUGCCGCUGAAGGCCUCGAACGGAGCGCCCAACGCGCACAGCUUCGACCACAAGCAGUUGACGGUCAAGGGGACCUCGGAGACGCUGUUCCGCGCGCUCAAGUCAUAUGCGCACAGCAGGCAGCUGCAGCGCGCCAUCUCCGUGGGCGUGAUCGGCUACCCGAACGUCGGCAAGUCUUCCGUGAUCAACUCGCUCACCGCGCGGCUCAACAAGGGAUACAGCAACGCCUGUCCGACGGGCGCCGAGGCCGGUGUGACGACCAACCUACGCGAGGUGAAGCUUGACGGCAAGAUCAAGCUGAUCGAUUCGCCCGGCAUCGUCUUCCCGUCUGCAUCUUCUUCCUCCUCGGAGAAAAGCGGCAGGAAGUCCAAGAAGCAGGACGAGCAGGCUCGCCUCAUCCUCCUCAACGCCAUCCCCCCGAAGCAGAUCGACGACCCGGUCCCCGCAGUCAACCUGCUGCUCCGGCGUCUUUCCAGCUCAGAGACGCUGAUGGCCAAGAUGCUCGAGGUCUACGGAAUCCCGCCGCUCUUCCCGACCGGGGGUGACAAGACCACCGACUUCCUGGUCCAGGUGGCUCGCAAGCGCGGCCGUCUCGGCAAAGGCGGCGUGCCCAACAUCCAGAGCGCGGCCAUGACGGUCAUUACCGACUGGCGCGACGGUCGCAUCCAGGGCUGGGCCAACGCCCCCGUCCUGCCGGUGGUCACCGUUGCCGAGGGAGAGGCGGCGCCUGUGGCCGCCGAGGGCGCGGAUACGAAGCAGAUCGUCACCGAGUGGGCCAAGGAGUUCAAGAUCGAAGGACUCUGGGGCGAUGGAGCCGAGGAUGACGACGAGAUGGUGGAGUAAGAUCUUAUGCGUCUCAUGCAUGUUCGGAUACCAA